CAGGAGCCGAGGUAGUGAGAGCUUUGUGGACACGGCGGAAGAAACACACCGGCAUGGAAGGAAGCAGCUGGAUUGUGAGGCACUGAGCGAGCUCACCUCACCUCGGCAGGUUCUUCUCUCCACCUACCAAACCGCAGAGACGAGUGUUUAAGUCUUUUUAUGUUUUAUUUGAAACACUGACCACUCAGCGUGUCCGAGUUGGAGCAUACAUCCCCGCGGGAGCGCACGCCGAGCAGCCCCUGGAUCCCAUAGGGAUAUUUACAACAAAAACUCUGUUCUUCUCCCAUAAGAGGAGCAUCUUGGUGGAAGAACUCCCAGCCGGAAAUGAUUCGGACCUUUUGGACGCUCACCUGGACUUGAUGGAUGAAUGUGGAUGCAGCGACAGGUACCAGCAGAGCCAUCCGAUUGCGAGCCUCCCCAUCCCAUAAAAACUGUCUUUAUAGUUUGAUUAUCUCGAUUAAAAGCUCGCUGGUUGUGCGUCAGCCACAGGUCACCCAGGACACUUGUGAGCCACAUCCCACCGAAACCGAGGGUUCAGUCAAGGACACUGGGCCCGGACUAGACCCGACUUAAGUAGUCCACAAGGACAUGUACGUGAUACCGAGCUCACAUGCUCCAGACUGACCGACGCUCACCUUUCCAGCGGCCGAAGCGCACAUAAAAGUAUCCCAACCUCCGAGUCCUCGGUUCCCCACUUGUGUGUGCGUGCUUGCGUGUGUACAUUCAGCAGCAUGGCGGGACUCGCUUGUUGGAAGUAUUACUUCUGGAUUUUUAUCAUGAUGUGUAGAACGGUGCUACUUUCAGCCAAAUCCCUGGAGACCAUCAUUUGGAGCUCGCAAAAUCCCAAGUUUGUGACUGGCAAAGGCCUGAUUAUCUACCCAGACAUCGGGGACAAGCUGGAUAUCAUCUGUCCCAGAGCGGACCAAGGCCGAGAGUACGAGUACUACAAGCUGUACUUGGUCAAGAAGGAGCAGGCGGAGACCUGCAGCACGGUCCUUGAUCCGAACGUCCUGGUCAAUUGCAAUAAGCCGGAGAAGGACAUCAAGUUCACCAUCAAAUUCCAGGAAUUCAGCCCCAACUACAUGGGCCUGGAAUUCAAAAGGAACGUCAACUACUACAUCACCUCAACCUCCAACGGCACAGUGGAGGGCCUGGAGAACCGGGAGGGGGGGGUGUGCAAGAGCCGAGCCAUGAAAGUCAUCAUGAAAGUCGGGCAAGUCCCAAAUGCGGCGGUGCCAGAGGAUCCAGAGGAUAAUGCCAUACCAGAGUCAAGUCCUAAUCCGCCAGACCAGGAUCGAGUGGGACCUGAGAUGCCUGGAAACCCUGACACCAUAAACCAGGACCAGUCCGGUUCUUCUGCGAACUCGGACGGCAUCCUGGGCUCCAAGGUGGCCGUGUUCUCCGCCAUCGGAGCGGGCUGCAUCAUCUUCCUGUUGCUCAUCCUCCUCCUGGUCAUUCUGCUCAUCAAGAUGCGUAAGCGGGCCAGGAAAAACAGCCACUCGCAGCCCCGCCCCUCGGCACUGUCACUCAGCACGUUGUCCAAUCCCAAGCUGCCCGGGGGCACUGCUGGCACGGAGCCCAGUGACAUCAUCAUUCCGCUGCGGACAGAGAACAACUACUGCCCUCACUAUGAGAAGGUGAGCGGCGACUAUGGCCACCCGGUCUACAUAGUCCAGGAGAUGCCCCCGCAGAGCCCCGCCAACAUCUACUACAAAGUCUGACACUCAGCCGCCCGCAGGAGAGCCUGAUUUAUGUUCUUGGGAGGAACUCUUUGCUUCGCUUUUGGGGACUCGAUGGUUCCUUCGAGCUCGUCUUAUUUCUACCACCUGCUGCACAAAUCUGGAGAGACGCGCACAGAUCAGAAACCGAUGAGAAAGAUUUAUUCUGGCUUGUUUGGAAAUCCCACCCUUCCUUCCUCCUCCCUUCGCCUCCCAGUAUGUCUCCCCGCUGUGCUCUGAUGAAGGGGGGUCGGGGGUCGGGGGUCAGGGUUGGCGCAAACCAAAAGACGGAACUUCCUGGUUUGCUGUGCCCUUUUCGGACCAGAUCCACGGUAACCCUAACUGGCUCUCAAACCCUGCACACUAGCCAAGAACUGUCUGUGCUGCACGUAUGUAACACGUGUGUGUGUGUGCGUGCGCACGCUCGUGCACUUGUGUGUCAGUGGGGUGUCAGCUUCAUGCCGGGCCGGGGACUCUCCAGAUAGCUCAGGUAUCAGACACAGUGUGUGACAUAUUGUGUUCCUCUCCCUUCGCACCUCGGAUAUUUGCCUUACUAUUUUUGAUGGAGGACUUCCUCCACCCUGAUUCAGUUCACAAAGCAGUUGUAUUUUGUUAGACCUUUCUUACAAGUGCACAAUGUAUAGAGUUGAAUAGAUGAUCAUUAUUAUUAUUAUUAUUAUUAUUAUUAUUACUCAUCUCUCCACUCAUGUCAUCCAUUACUGUGGAAACCUGGACUGUUAUUAAUAUGAAAGCGUGUUUUCCCGUAAUACUCGGUGAUGAACUUUGCCAUUACUGUGGUAUUUAUGACCGACUUAUGUGUACGUUAGGUGAAUGUGUGUGCGUGUGCGUGCGUGCCCAGACCUUGCACCGCGUAGGACUUAUUUGCUCGGGGGGGGGUUGAGAACAGUGAGUUACUGUAUUGGUAGCUUCAAAAACAAACUGACAGACAAAAUCCCCUCUGGCAUUCCUGCUUCUAUUUGACGAUGUCAUUAUUUGUGAUUCAGCGGCUUUAAAAGGCUGCAGACAUGUUGAAAUGUGUUUUGGAGAGAAAUGGAGUUUUGGGUAGCAGCGAAGGUGGGCCCACAUCGUCGGGCUAUCCUAUAUCCUAUAUUGAAUGGCAAAGCACAGAUGGGAUACAGUAUUGUUCGAUGCCAAUUGGCUGCCAUCUGUUGAUGAGUCAGCGGAGUUCACACUAUUAUGUGCCAUCUUCGUGCCCACAUUCACCAGCCGGGAGGAGAAAAUGUUCCUGUGAGUCGUGAGGGAGACGGUUACGCUUUAGGUAGUUUGGUUUUCCCAGUUGUGGUGUGAAUCGGGAAGAAAAAAACAGUGAAGGCGUCGAGCCUGCGAGGACGCUACAGCUCACUUAUCAGCAGCACCAGGAGCUCGGAUGCGUUCGUGCACCGCAGAAGGUGUCGAGGUUGAGGUGGUGCACGUUUUAAUUGCUUUUAUUUCAACGUGUGUGAAUGCUUUCGUGGUCCGGCAGACCUGUUUCGGAACAGGAAAUCGGUGCUGCCAAGGUAAGGAGGAGUCUUGCCUAAUGAUGUGUGAGAGAAGAGGACGGCCAUUCCUCAGCGUGCAAGCUGACGCGCGCACACACGUGCACACGCGCACACAUUAAGACUGACAGGUCCAGGUUGAUCUCCGGGUCAGACUGCCGCUUGGUGUUUACUCACCUAUCAUCUGCAGACACAUCCAUGGAUGUUAGCUGCUGAGUUAAAAGGCAGCCCGGGCCGGAGGAGCUCGGGAAAGACUCUUCUGUGUCGUUAACCUCGGAGUUAACAACCUAAGCAGCUGCUUGGGCUUUUUGUGGUCCUGUGUUUUAACUCAGCAUGCAGCCCUCAGCGUUGCUCUGCGAAACACAUCCGCAUCAAAUAUUUUGCUUUGGGAUCAGCGUGCCCCCACCUUCACCAGCCAAGGGAGCCAUUACCACGUUACCACAAAACCAUAUCUCAUUUUCAUCCAUUCUUCUGACCACUUAUUCAAAUUUGGGAGAAACCGUAAAAGAGAAAUGUAAAUAUAUGCAUAGAGCCCAGUUUAAGAUGUAACGUCACCCCAACACUGCUUAUAAGUACAAAAAAAAAGAAAUAAAAUUAGGAUUUUGUAAUGGAGGAUAUUUGUAAAUAGCUGUCUUUUUCAAGUGUUUUGUAUGAAUCCUUCCCGUCUCUGUUUGCAAUAUCUUUCUAUCUUUGUUUCUUUUCAAAUCAAAGCUAUUCUUGCAACAGAGCUGUCUUUUCUUUGCAGCGUCCAGUAUUCUUUUUCUUACCGCAAGUGUUGCAAAAACUGGGGUUGAGAGUUUUGACGUAGCCGUUCAACGUGCGUACGUGGAGAUCGAAAAGGAGACGUCAUUCAUCCCCGUGUUGGAAACGGCACUUAGAGCCUGCAAAUGAAGUUUGAAAUAUGAGUUACCGACGCUCUCGCCUCCAUUAUGAGUUGGAACGGGGAAAAAAUUCAUCUUUUGUCAGUUUUAAUAAGUGCACACACACACACACACACACACACACGGGUGCCAUGUAUGACACCAAUUCAUCAUCGGUUUCCACCACUCAUUAUCUCCUUUGUUUUACUUGCUGUCAUCCUUUAACUUUAGCACACGGAUGUUGCUCGCCACGAGCCUGGCUAUUGGCUGAUUUCUGCUAUUGUUCAAAGCCACAGUAUUAUUAUGAUUUUUUUUUUUCAAUGUGCAUGUGUACGCAAAACCUGUUGAAAUUGUUUCCCUGUGUUUGAAUCAUAACUGUCACCUUUUUGUUAUUUUGAUUUUGUUUUAUUUUCCUCCUCGCCGCUUCUCAGCGUAACCUAUCGGCACCAGCUACAAUGGAAAUACAACGUUCCGACAGUUUGGAAAAUACCACAUAUUGAUAAAUAAAAACUUUUUUCCCAUGGAA